CGCGGGGCGUGCACUUUCGCUUAGCAGCCUCGUUGUCACCGCCGCGGUUCGCUGAUCCGCGAGAAAGUGGGGCUGCCCUGGGGUCACCCCGCCCAACCCCGGCUCUGCCGGGAGGUGUCUGACUUCAUCGGCCUCCGCAGCCGGAUCGUUCUGUGCUAUCAGCUAAGGGGUCAUCAGCUAAGACCGCUGCCAUGCCGGUGACAGUGACCCGCACGACUGUCACGACCACCACCGUGGCAUCUCCAGGCCUGGGCUCCCCCACCAUCCUGGGGUCCCCUCGGGCACUGACCCAGCCCCUGGGCCUCCUCCGCCUGGUACAGCUGUUAUCCACCUGCGUGGCCUUCUCGCUGGUGGCCAGCGUGAACGCUUGGGUCGGGUUCACUGGUAACUGGUGUAUGUUCGCCUGGUGCUUCUGCUUCGCCGUGACCCUCAUCAUCAUCAUCGUGGAGUUGGGUGGGCUCCAGGCUCGCUUCCCGCUGUCCUGGCGCAACUUCCCCAUCACCUUCGCCUGCUACGCCGCCCUCUUCUGCCUCUCAGCCUCCAUCAUCUACCCCACCACCUACGUCCAGUUCAUGUCCCAUGGCCGCUCAAAGGACCACGCCAUCGCCGCCACCGCCUUCUCCUCCAUCGCUUGCGUGGCUUAUGCCACCGAGGUGGCCUGGACCCGGGCCCGGCCCGGCGAGAUCACCGGCUACAUGGCCACGGUGCCAGGCCUGCUCAAAGUGGUCGAGACCUUUGUGGCCUGCGUCAUUUUUGCUUUCAUCAGUAGCCCCAGCCUGUACAACCACAAGCCGGCCCUGGAGUGGUGCGUGGCCGUGUACGCCAUCUGCUUCAUCCUGGCCGCGGUGGCCAUCCUGCUGAACCUGUACGACUGCACCAACGUGCUGCCCAUCCCCUUCCCCAGUUUCCUGUCCGGGCUGGCCCUGCUCUCUGUCCUCUUCUAUGCCUCUGCCAUGGUCCUCUGGCCCCUCUACCAGUUCGACGAGAAGUAUGGCGGCUAUCCGGAGCGGUGGAAGGAUUCUGGCUGCAGAAACAGCCACAGCUACUAUGUGUGCCUCUGGGACCGCCGCCUGGCUGUGGCCAUCUUGACGGCCAUCAACCUGCUGGCAUAUGUGGCUGACCUGGUGUACUCGGCCCGCCUGGUUUUUGUCAGGGUCUGAGGUUCUGACCAGGAGCUCCCGAAUCCACUUCUUUCCCCAGGUGUCUUUACUGAGUACUGAUUUCCUCUGAUUGUUCUCUUCCUGGGUCCCUCUCCUCCCCUUCUCUUCUCCUUGCCAUUCAGCUCACUAUCUCCUGUCUCUUCCACCUGCUCCCCCCUCUGUCCUGAUGCUCUAUCUCCUUCCCUUCCUGUUUUUUUAUUUUUUUUUUUCGGUUGCCCACAUCCUGUUUUGCCUUGCUCUCUUUUCACUCUCCUUUCUACUGAGUCUGUUGCUUGGUUCUUUUCGGGCCGUCCUGCCUGUGUUCUCACCUGCCUUCGCCCUGACUGCGUCCCAUUUCCUUCCUUUGAUUUCCUUGGGAGCCCUGACACUUCUUCAUUCACCCCUCACUGCCACCCCCAACUCCAAAGGUGCUGAGCUCCACAUCCCAUACCCCUCUUAGCAGCUGUUCAGGCCCUGGGCCCCCUGAGAGGCCUCAUUGCCAAAGCAUGUGCCCACCCUAGCUGUGCCUUAGUAGGUGUGUGUGUAUGUGUGUUUGGGAAGGGGGUGGGGGCAGGUAUCUGUGGGUUGGUCCCCCUUUCUCCCAGUGGAGACGGGGGUAUUACAAUGCAUCUCUUUUUUUAAGUUUAAAACAAACAAACAAAAAAAUCCCUGGAGGUUAAUAAUUUCUAGUGGGUGGGAUGCUUAAAUCACAGAGACACUCAGCCUCACCUGAUUGGCUCCAGAAUUUUUGCCAGCCUUAGUAAAACCCCGUGCCUCGCGGCCCUCUUAAAGGAAGCAAAGCGUGAUGGAUGCUUUCCAUCCCAACUGCUCUCUGGGUAUCAAGAUGUCUGAAGGGUUUGUGAGGGGCAGAGAUGGGAGGUUCCAGCCUUAGUAUUAAAAACAGCAUGUACUGGCCUUUGCUGGGAGGGGAAGAAAAUGGCCGCUGCUGGCCUUACCUGGAAUGGUGGCCUGGGCUUUUUCUUUUCUUCUUCCUGUCACAAGGGCAAAAAUUACUGGAUGGUCCUAUUCUUAAAGGGGAAGUUUCUUUUCCAUUUAAAAAAAAAUUUGUGGGUGGGUUGGGUAGGUGGGGAUUGCUGUCGCCGUAGUCAGGAUUUGCACUGCUUGAGUGUGUGAUACACACACGCAUGUUUCUGUGUGCUAGCUGCUUCCUGCUGCUACUUCCUGCUUCUCUGAAACUCACACGCAUAACAUGAUAUAUAUAUAUAUAUAAAUGGUACAAAUAUAUAUUUUAUUUUUUUUUUAAUUCCCUGGAGCUUCUGGUUCCCAUCAGCCUCUGCUGUCAAUUAUAGAAGGAAGCCUCGUCCCUUCCUCCACUCCCACAACCGUAAUCUUCUUUAUUUUAUUUUUUACC